AUGGCAUCCCAACCUCCCAACCCAUCAACCACCCGCACCCCCUCACCCGACCCCUUCGACGCCCUCCUAACCCUAGAAGACACCCUCUACACCACCGCCUACAACCUCGGGGUCUCGGACGGCGCGCACGCCGGCCGAAUCGAAGGACGAAUCUUCGGUUUAGAAAAAGGCUUCGAGAAGUUCGCUUCUCUUGGGGAACUCCACGGACGGAGUGUAGUAUGGGGAUCACGAUUACCAGGUCUCACAUUCAAUAUCGUAUCAAAGGAGGAGGAGAGUAAAACGCUGCCGCAGUUAAAGAGUAAUGAGAGACUACGCAACAACACAACACUCCUGCACUCCCUAACCGACCCCCUCACCUUCGACACCGCAAACACCGAAGAAGGCGUCGCGGAUUUCGACGACAGGUUCAAGCGCGCUGGGGCGAAGGCAAAAGUCAUUGAGCGAAUUGUCGGCGAAGCCGAAAGUAACAGUGCCUCUACAAAAUCACCUGAUGGAUCACGAUCACCAGCGCGAGGGAAGACGGGGCCGGUGAGAGUGACUGGGCAGAGUAAGGCGGGUGGUGCGAAGAAGGGGGAUGAUAGUAUAGAGGAUUUUGCAGGAUCGAAGUUGUUGCGCUGA